CGGGCUAUCGUUUGUCAAGACGGCCAUUAAGAAUUGGUGACGCUUGGCUUUUCUUUUGCGUGCCAGGGGCGUUAGGACGAAAAAGUGAAAAAUCAGGCGUAGGAACAAUUGUGCUUCGAGAUCGAGGAUGUCGCAGCCGACGGUGGCAUCGUAUUUCAACACCCGCAAACGGGCGGCCGUGGAACAUUUGGGUGGUGCGCAUCGGAACAAGGUACUGGUUUUAGAUAAUCCAACGGCCACCCACUUGACGAACAGUUCGCAGAACUCGGAUCACGACGAGCUGCGCUUCGUAUUUGCUAACCAUACAAACCUUUCUUCGAAGAGCUCCGAUGCCAACGGAAACAAUGUUGGACCAUCAUCGGACGGUACCGCGGAGCUGGGCAGGCGUGUCACGCGCGCCUCCCGGGCCAUCAAGCGCAUCGGAACGGUCGAGCUGGACGAGAAAACGAAAGCGCUGCUUUCGGCCGCCCAACCGAAACUCGUUUCUUUCGUCAAGAAGGGUAAUCUUUCACCCCAGAAGCGCAUCAACAGUCCGGCCAAACCACCAAUCGUGCCCGCAAAGAAACUGUUCGCUGCACCGAAGGAACCGUCGACCACCACCACCACCACCAGCAGCAGCACCAGCGAGGCGAAGGAAACGAUCGAGUUUUCGCCUCGCAACAACGUGAAAAAUGUGGAAAAGGGAAACAAAGUUACUGGCGCCGCUGCUGCAGCGGUCGUCCGUUCGGUGGUGGCUAAAGAUAAGGAUAGUCUUACGGCCGAGGAGAUACGUGGCAAGCUGUUGAGCCAUCCGCGGCUGCCAGAUCUGAAGGCAAAGCUAAAGGCCGUCCAGGAUGGGAUGAAGGAACUGAAGCGGAUGGAACGGGAGCGCCUAGAGGGCAAGCAGCAGCUCAAGGCUCCCGCUAGUCCAGGUACGGCGGCCAAAAAUCUGAAGCAAUUCAACUCCCUCGAGGUGGAAGUGAUGGUCAGCCCAAAGAAAACGUUCAUGUCGCCAACGAAAAUACUGAAGACACCGACCAAGAACGCGGCGUCACCAUCGAAGAACAUCACACCGAAGUCGCGUCUGUCGGAGCUAAUGAGCCCCAUCAAGGAGGCGUCGGCUGCCACACCCAUUAUGGCGAGCCCGAAGAAGGUGCCCGCUUAUCAGCGUUUCCAUGCGCUGGCCAUUGCCGGACCACCUUCAUUGCAUCUACCGUACAAGUACCGCUCACUGCUGGAGCUGUUUAAAUGCAUCGAUACGGUGAUCUCGAUGUUCCACAAUCGCAAAGAGCAGAUCACCUUCAAGAAGCUCAAACCGGCGGUACAGCGUAUGGCGAGGAAGAACUUUUUCGAGUCUCAUCUUGCCCAGAUACAGGCCCUUUAUCCGGGCGGGGCGUACGUGUUGAGCCAGGAGCUGACAAAGAACUACGGCUCGGCAACGAAGCACGAAACGUACCAGCUCGUGAUACAGCCGAAGGUAGAAGCGGUGGUCGGUGAUGGGAAAAAGGACGAGGAUGCCAGUUUCUUGCGUACGCUGCAAAACCAACCGAUGAAUCCGCAAGUGAUGCUAGACCGUCAGCAUCGCUUCCAUCGGUUGCUGCUGGAGAAGGUGAAAGAUGCCCACGAUGCGUUCCUCCGGGCACACGAUCCACCACUAACGGUCGAUCGCGAGAAGAUUGUCCGUUGGCAUACGGAUUUCGAUCUCGAAAGUUGUCCCGAUAUUGAGCAGGCGGAGCUGCCGAAACCACCAAAUGUAGAGAAAUUCUCGUCCGCCCGGGACGUGUUGUCGACGGCUCGGAAUCUGUUUAACUGCGCUACCCCGAUCGAACGGGCAUUGCAGCGUUUGGAGGAGAAGAAGCAAAAAGAGGCAACGAUUGCGGCCACAGCGUCUCUUGCGCUUAGCGAGACUGAUACGCAAACGCAAAAACCACCAGCCAAAGUGAAAGAGGAACCAUCGGCAGCGGCAGCAGCACCGACCGCAUCGCUCGCCGAGUACGAUGUGUUCAAGAACAUCCCCAAAGCACUGCUGGAGAAGAUCCGUGCCAAACAGGCCGCCAAGGCACUGGAUCAGAUGACCCGAAGGCCAUCGCAUGAGAAGGAAGCCAUCAAGUACGGGCGACUGCCGGAACUGGCACGCCAUUUGCGGAACAUUUUCGUGACCGAGCGUAAAAAUGUGCUUCCACUGGAGACACCGCUAGUGAAAAUAGAAAACAGUUAUCGGGGAAAGCUUACGUUGCAGGAACUGGAGGAACACAUACGGCUGAUUGCUCAGCUCGUACCGUUCUGGUUAACGCUACCCGAGGUGCGCAAGGUGAAGUACGCCAAGAUAGCCAAGGAUUGCGAUCUCGCUAAAGUGAUUGGCGUGCUGGAACGGAAAGCGAACGAAGCGGCUCAGUAAGGGUGCAAGGUGCGCGUUUGUGCACUUGAUUCAUCCCUUUCUCGCUCUAUUUUCUGCAUGUUUUCGUGUUGACUUUCGUACUGCAAUUGCAAUUUUACUCUUUAGCACUUUUGUCGUUCUAGCUUUUUAAUGUUUAAUGUUCAUACCCCCCCGGGGACUGACACGAUUGCACUUUAAGUUUAUGUUACCGGACGUUAAGGACACAAAGUUAGAUCGCCCACUGUUUACGCUAUUGAACUCUUUUUUGUGUACCGUGUUUUUCCUUUUCUGACCAAUCAAUGUUUUGCGAGAGAAAUAAAGCAAUCAAUAAAGAUAA